CGUACAGUCGACACUCAGAUGCCUGAAACGGCCUUUUUUGUUAGAAGAACAAUCAUGAGAAUUCUUAGUCUUCAAACGAUUCGAUUGAAAUAUUUAAUGUUCGUCGCAGUGUUAAUUUUCUUAAUUAUGUUCGUCAUCCGGAUUAAGACAACAAUGGAAAAGACGUACAUCGGCUAUGACGGGAGAACAAAUCAAAUUCACCUUCUGUCUUUCAACAAAACGAUGAAUGAUGUCCUUUUAAUCGGCUACGUCAUGGGAGGUACCGUAUUUCCUGCUGAAGUUCUGGGCAUGCGCUCUGGACAUUUUUACGUGCACCAGCCUCUACACAAAAUAGCCAAAUACCAGUAUUUCAGGCCGGGGCUAGUCUGUAGUAUGAUGGAUAUGCGAUGCAACGCGACUAACGUUGCUGACGUGGAAGCACUUGGCGUUGUGAAGGCUGUAUACCAGUGUGACAACACCCGUUAUAGGGGACACUUACGGAUGUGGCAGCUACGAAAACUUAUUGGAGACCAGUCCAGUUGGCAGGAAAAUUUGGAAGAACAUUGCGGAAACACUCAAAAUGUAGACUGUCGUGGUAGGCUUUUAAGUCAGUGUUCUCAUUCGGUUUCCAAGGUCGUGAACACCCCACGACUCAGCCUAAGCCUGGCUUCACGUCUGUUGCAACAGCUCCCAAAUCUGAAAAUCAUUCAUAUUUUGCGAGACCCAAGAGCGAUAAUGUAUGCAUAUCUACGUGCUAAAUGGCCUUUUCAUAGCGGAAAACUCAACACAUCCAGAUCUCUUUGCCAGAGACUGAAAGACGAUUUAGCAGAUUCAGCUCUAAUUAAAAAAGCUCAUCCCGGGAGGAUAUUAACGGUUUUUCAUGAACAUUUAGCAACAUCACCGGAACAAACCAUGCAGAAAAUAUUUGAUUUUGUUGGAUAUCCGGGGUAUGAUGAUGGCGUAAUGCAGAAAAAGUUUCAGGAAUUUUUUCAUGGUAACUCUACAUUGUCUGCAGGGUUGUGGAGAAAGCAUGCACCCUGGUCUGUUAUUUCUGUUACUAACAACGCAUGCGCAAACAGAUAUAGAUCACUUGGUUUGCCAGGAUUUGUAAAUAGACAAGACUUAUCCAACAACUCUAUCCCGUUGUUGUUGCCGAUAAGUUAUAUCACCAGUAAUAGAUUAAAGAAAUCAGGUUUCGGAAAGGAAUAAAGAAAUAUUUGUAUAUACAUCAUUCAAUUGUUGUGGCCAUUUAAGGAGAAUCUGAUUAAAAUUAGACUUGUAAUUUCCACUCCUCUACGAUACUCUACGAUACACUGCAAGAGCUAACGAUGACCCGUAGGAGGUCAUCUCAGCAUGACCUUUGAGCUCAGCCAAUCAACGCGCCGCCUAUGAAAUCGUCGGUGUGAUUUCAUUAUUCGGAAGCAUAAAUACUUACAUAACGUUCCCGACGUAUUCCGAUGGUCGAUAGCAAUGGUAAACAACAUGGCUUCGCCCACUCCGGCUCACCAAGAAACAUCAACGAAUUUAUAAUUUAACAAACGUGUGCUGUCCGUUUGGUUUUUCCUUCAUCGCACUUGACAGUGAAGGCAACAGCGUCGUGAAAAAAAUUAGUUUGAAAGGGAAUAUAAUUAUAACGUGUACGGUAACGAUUUUCGAAAUCCAGUUGGCAACACAAUCCGUCCUGUCGACGAGAUAUUGUUUAGUCGUUUUCUGUUCUGCUUUCAAUGUAAUGUCCAGAGGAUUAGCAAUAUUUUUAUUAUCGUCGCCAUUAACAUAAUGUGAAAUUUUGCGUACAUGUAUUUCAAAUCAAGCGUCUGAAUAUACAUGUGGUGAUAUUUUAGCCAGCUUUGAAAUCACUGUUAUGCUGACGAAUCAUUAACUCUAGGGCGACAAAAAGAAAUAAAUUGUCUGAUGAUAUAAAUCAAAUGAUACACAUUUAUAAAUGCUGUUGCUAUAGUCAAAUUCAAAACAUGUAUUUUAAAAAAUUUUGAUUUUUUUUGUGUAAAACUUUUUUUGUAGUAUUUCGAAAUCUCGAAAUUUUGUAUAAGUUGGUGUCCCGGAUGGAUCCUUUUGUUUACUCAAUUUACAUCUUCAUAAUUAAAUACUAAAAAUUGAAAUAGAGGCGGAUUUUUUUUAUAUCGAUACUCUAUAGGCUAGGAAAUUACAACAAUCAAUCAAGUGGUGAUAAUCGUUUUUCUUUGAAAAUCCAUUUUCCAAACCAUAAUUUGAUAAUUCUCAACUAAGUCAAAUAUAGUUGGUAAGAGUAGGAUAAUGAUGUAAGGCUCAACUGACCCUUGCGGAAACACCUUUUUGGUCAUGUUGUUUCUCUAUCGUAUAUUUUAUUUUCAUAUAUUAUAUACAAAUGCAUGUAAUUAUUAUGAACAUCCGAUGUGUUUAUGUUGAUGUAGAUGGCUGAAUGUGUACAGGCGUUUGGACAAGUUUAUACGGUAAUAUUUGUUGUAGUAAUUACACAUAUGACUCAUGUCAGGUAAACACUGUAAAUUAUUAAUGACUGUUUUUUCUCUCUCAUUAUUGCAAUCACAUAACUAUGUCAUUCUUACAGGGAAACCUAACAUCAAUUCAUAACAUUACUCAUAGCGAUAAAACAAUAGACCUAAACAACAAUGUCAUAUUUCAGGUAUUAUUUUAUUCGGUUAACGUUGACAAAGGCUCAAGAACAGAGAACAAAAUGUCUAGACUUCAUGCAUCAAUACAUGUAAAACAUUCUGAAACUUUAAAUGAAAAGUCAUUGUUAAGACGCAGGUACAAUGUAGUUACUUAGUAGACUUUAAGUGCCGCACCAUUUUAUGUCUGUCGUCUUCUAUUAAAAAUAUCGAAAACAAUCCACAUAUGUAACUCUUAAAUCAAAGUACCUAUAAAUCUGCAUAAUAAAACCUUACUACUUCGAUCAAUUUCUGUUUGCAAAUGACCAUCUUAAAUAAAUAAAUAAAUAAAUAAAUAAAUAGAUAAAAUGUUUUCG